GUGGAUGAAGACAACAAAGGGUCGCAGGUCGCUAGCGGGCGGCAGGCGGCGGUGUUCCAGUCUUCCUUAUUCCUCUCAGCUUAGGCGCGUCGGCCUCCCGCAAGUCCCACUCCAGAUGAAGUGUGAGCACUGCACACGAAAGGAAUGUAGUAAAAAAUCAAAAACCGAUGACCAGGAGAAUGUGUCCGCUGAUGCACCCAGCGCAGCCAAGGAGAAGGAAGAGGCAAGUAAACAUUUCGGUUUCGGGUCAGCCUAACGUGAAUGGAGUGGCUACUGUUGUUGUUUCUUCUGUCAAGGUCUCAUGUUACCUUGACCUUCACUGCUCUAAGAAAGACUGAAGGAAAAGUGAAGGGAGAAUUUCAUAAGUUGGCUGAUGCAAAAGUCUUUCUGAGCGACUGCCUGGCAUGUGACAGCUGUGUGACUGUGGAGGAAGGUGUCCGGCUUUCCCAGCAGAGCACCAAGGACUUCUUCCAGGUCCUGAAUCUUAAUAAGAGAUGUGACACCUCAAAGCACAGAGUGCUGGUUGUGUCUGUGUGUCCUCAGUCUCUACCUUAUUUUGCUGCUAAAUUCAACCUCAGUGUCACUGAUGCAUCUAGAAGGCUGUGUGGCUUCCUCAAAAGUCUUGGAGUGCACUAUGUGUUUGAUACCACCAUCGCUGCAGAUUUCAGCAUUCUGGAGAGUCAGAAGGAAUUUGUACGUCGGUAUCACCAACACAGUGAGGAACAGCGUGAGCUGCCCAUGUUGACCUCUGCCUGUCCUGGUUGGGUCAGAUAUGCUGAGCGGGUGCUGGGACACCCCAUCAUCCCGUAUCUCUGUACUGCCAAGUCCCCCCAGCAGGUCAUGGGCUCCUUGGUGAAGGAUUACUUUGCCAGACAGCAGAAUCUGUCUCCAGAGAAGAUCUUCCAUGUUGCUGUGGCCCCUUGCUAUGAUAAGAAGCUGGAAGCGCUCCGAGAGGGACUGUCCACUACCUUACAUGGUGCGAGGGGCACUGACUGUGUGCUGACCUCAGGUGAAAUUGCUCAGAUAAUGGAGCAAAGUGACCUCUCGGUGAAAGACAUUGCUGUGGAUACUUUGUUUGGAGAUGUGAAGGAGGUAGCGGUCCAGCGUCAUGAUGGAGUGAGCUCUGAUGGGCAUCUGGCUCACGUCUUCAGACAUGCAGCCAAGGAGUUGUUUGGCGAGCACGUGGAGGAGAUCACCUACCGUGCACUGAGAAACAAAGACUUCCAUGAGGUUACCCUUGAGAAGAAUGGGGAGGUCUUACUGCGCUUUGCUGCAGCAUACGGCUUCCGCAACAUCCAGAACAUGGUCCUGAAGCUCAAGAAGGGCAAGCUCCCAUACCACUUUGUGGAGGUCCUCGCGUGUCCCAGAGGAUGCUUAAAUGGCAGAGGCCAGGCGCAGGCUGAGGAUGGCCACACAGACCGUGCACUACUGCAGCAGAUGGAAGGGAUCUACUCCGGCAUCCCCGUGCGGCCCCCAGAGAGCAGUGCCCACGUGCAGCAGUUGUACCAGGAGUGGCUGGAGGGUACCGAAUCCCCCAAAGUCCAGGAGGUGCUGCACACCAGCUACCGGAGCUUGGAGCCCUGCACAGACAGCCUGGAUAUCAAGUGGUGACAAAGCCUGAAGGGCAGGAGGGGACAGCUCUGAGUGGAGAGUGGUGGGUGCUUCAAGAAACAACGGGUCACUGCAGCUGUGCCAGCACUCCAGGACACGCAGUUCCACGGUGCUAUCUUUGUAGUGUGUGAGGGAGAGGAAUGUUUGCACAUGGGAGAAGCAUUUUCCCUCUCUGCCUAUCCUUUUAUCCCAAGAUUGUGAGAAAGAUCCCAAAGAGGCCAGGGACAUACCCCUGAUUUACAGGUUUAAAAAAAAAAGUUCAAAAUGUGUUCUUAAAGAAUCAGACCCUGGGGUUGUGAUCCAGGAGCCUAAGAUUAUUGCUGCAGAAAUGGAGACGUAAGCAAGGGCCAGGCUGUUGCAUAGUGGAUAACUAUGGCCUUUAUAGAGGCCCAGGCUUCUGGCCCAAUUUGGCUCUUUUACUUGUAUACAGUUUUUAAAAUAAUUUUGAAUUCUGGGGCCAGCAAGAUGGCUCACUGGUACCAGCCUUAGUUUGAUCUGUGGAACCCACAUGGUGGACGGAGAGACCAUGCCCACAAGUUAUCCUCACAGGCACCAUGGUAUACACAUGUAACACUGAGACCACACCCCCAAAUAACCAUAAAGAACAUUACAGUAGUUUUAAGUCCUUGUAACAGUGAGCCAUAUUCUUCAUAGUCACCGAAGGCCAGCAGACUUGGCAAGCUGGGCACUGGUGUGCAUGAGUCAUUCUUUUACUUGACCUGAUAGUAGCUUUGAGUUAGACUCACCUCAGAAGAAAGGCUGCCAAGGAUGGCAUGCAUUAUGCCCUGCAUUUGAUGCAAUUUAUAUUUAAAAAGAAAUAAGUAGAGAAUUAAGAGGGUAGCCCACCAAGGCUUUGGGGCUCUAAGGUAGGUGCAGCUCACUGGCUACUGCUGUGGGGCAGGAAGAUGAAGCUGAGGCUCCAUGGUCCCUGGAAUGGGUGACACAGCUUUGUAAUGUCCAGCUUCCUCUACACACUCCCCAGUGCCUUCUCACAUGAACAGGCCUGGAGUGCCCCUCUUCUCCACAAAGCCCACUGAUCUGGGACAGCAUCCCUUCAGCCCUCACUACUGCUAGUAUGAGCAUGCCUUAGGGGAAUCGGUAUGUCCACACAGAAAUAGCUGCCCAAUGGUGGGACUCACAGAAUCAUGUGACGCAUUCUAGAGUCCAUCCAGGAGAUAAAGGGGUUUGAUGAAGCCCCUGAAUUUUGCUCAGUAUGUGACUACCUUGGCCCUCAGUAUUGUCAGCUCUGGCUUAUGUUUUGUUACUCCUGUGAGUCUGUCUAGGAACAUAACUGGAUAUGUUGUUGUAAACCAGUGGUUCUCAACCUGUGGGUUGUGACCCCUACAAAGGGGUCACAUAUCACAUUACAAUUCAUAACAGUAGAGAUACUACAGUUAUGAAGCAGCAACAGAAUAAUUUUAUAAUUGUUUGGGGGGGGGGGGUUUACCACAACAGGAGAAACUAUAUUAAAGUGUCGCAGCAUAGGAAGGUUGAGAACUACUGUUAUAAAUUAUGAUUUUUUUUUUUUUUGCUUUUAGUCUAUAUGCCUGGGUAUCUAUUCCCAAAGUAAUUGGUUAUGGAAUAAACAAUGCAACGGGG